ACGCGUGUCAGCUGACUCAGUACCUCAGAAGGAAGGAGAGGUAGACAUCUUGAAUUGGAGGGAGAGUGGGGUGUCACUGAGCAGGCAAGAAAACGCAAAGGCUGGGUAGCUAGCAGGAAGGGAACCCUCGCGGCCCAAAAAACACUAUUUGUGUGGAGUGGUGGCAUCGGUGGGGGACAGAACGUGAAAGACUGGAGUUUGCUCACCAUGGACCGAGCUGACUGAGACGGCAUCACCAUGAUCGGAGGACUGUUCAUCUACAACCACAAGGGGGAGGUGCUCAUCUCCCGGGUCUACCGCGAUGACAUAGGGCGUAACGCGGUGGACGCGUUCCGCGUGAACGUGAUCCACGCCCGGCAGCAGGUGCGCUCCCCCGUCACCAACAUCGCCCGCACCAGCUUCUUCCACGUCAAGCGCUCCAACAUCUGGCUGGCGGCCGUCACCAAGCAGAACGUCAACGCCGCCAUGGUGUUCGAGUUCCUGUACAAGAUGUGCGACGUGAUGACCGCCUACUUCGGCAAGAUCAGCGAGGAGAACAUCAAGAACAACUUCGUGCUGAUCUACGAGCUGCUGGACGAGAUCCUGGACUUUGGAUACCCCCAGAACUCUGAGACUGGAGCCCUCAAGACCUUCAUCACCCAACAGGGCAUCAAGAGUCAGCACCAUACAAAGGAGGAGCAGUCUCAGAUCACCAGUCAGGUGACCGGGCAGAUCGGUUGGCGUCGCGAGGGCAUCAAGUACCGCCGCAACGAGCUGUUCCUGGAUGUGCUGGAGAGCGUCAACCUGCUGAUGUCUCCGCAAGGUCAGGUGCUGAGUGCCCACGUCUCUGGGCGGGUCGUGAUGAAGAGCUACCUGAGCGGGAUGCCCGAGUGCAAGUUCGGCAUGAACGACAAGAUCGUCAUCGACAAGCAGAGCAAAGGAGGCUCUGCCGAUGAGGCGGGGAAGAGCAGUGGGAAGCAGUCCAUAGCCAUCGACGACUGCACCUUCCACCAGUGUGUGCGCCUCAGCAAGUUCGACUCCGAAAGGAGCAUCAGCUUCAUUCCUCCAGACGGAGAGUACGAGCUCAUGAGGUACCGCACCACUAAGGACAUCAUCCUCCCCUUCCGGGUCAUUCCGCUGGUCAGGGAGGUCGGCCGCACCAAGCUGGAGGUCAAAGUGGUCAUCAAGUCCAACUUCAAACCCUCACUACUGGCGCAGAAGAUCGAGGUUCGUAUCCCUACCCCGCUCAACACCAGUGGGGUGCAGGUGAUCUGCAUGAAGGGCAAAGCCAAGUACAAGGCCAGCGAGAACGCCAUCGUGUGGAAGAUCAAGCGAAUGGCCGGGAUGAAGGAGUCUCAGAUUAGUGCGGAGAUAGAGCUCCUCCCCACCAACGACAAGAAGAAGUGGGCCCGCCCGCCCAUCUCCAUGAACUUCGAGGUGCCCUUCGCCCCCUCCGGGCUGAAGGUGCGGUACCUGAAGGUGUUCGAGCCCAAGCUGAACUACAGUGACCACGACGUCAUCAAAUGGGUGCGCUACAUCGGCCGCAGCGGGAUCUACGAGACGCGCUGCUAACGCCCCCCCGAGCGAGCGAGCGCGGGAGGGGCCGGGGGCCGAGGACGGGGCCAAACAGUGCAGUCCUGUUAACCUCUCCUGUCCUCCCUCCAUCCUCCGUCAGAGAAACCGAAAUAAUACAGAUAUUCAACAGGACAAAAGCCUCACUGUAAUGCAAACCGAGCUGUUCCUGUGGAGACAAAUACAAUUAGGAAACCUAUAGUAUCUGCUACAAACAAAACGGAUCUUAAAGAAUAAAAAUAUGACAAAUGUAAAGUUGGAGAUGUCCUUUAUGCCAGGAUGUUAACUGAAGAGAUUCUCCCCCUAUUCCCUCUCCCCAGUAUCUCAUUUCCAUUUCGAUUCAGGAAGGUAGUCUCAGCUUGUCCUUCCUCUAAUUAGCAGCCUCCCUGUUUGUCGACCUGGGCACAAACCCUUCUCAACCAUACUUUCUCUCCCUGUCCUGCUGUCUUGUUGAAGUAUAGCUUAUCUAACCCCUAAAACACCCAUCCUGUUCUCAAGCCCCUCCCAUAUUUUUAGCCCCUCCUCUCUGCUGAUGUAAUCGUAUUAUAGGCUGUAGUGUUAAGUAGGCUACUGGACGUAUUAAUAGUUAUUCAAUUAUUCCCCCUCCCCUUCAUUUUAUGCGUUUCCCUUCCUUGGACAGAUGUCUGUGUGUUUUGUACCCAGAAUGCUUUGUGUCUCUGUUGAAGCCCUCAUUCCUUUGUCCUCUCCCCCCCCCCCCCCCCCCCUUCCUCUAGCUGUUUCUCUCAUUAUAGUUCUAAUUCUAAAAAUGAAGAUGAUGACUAUUCUGUGGUUUCUGUUUUCAUCUCUGUGCUGCAAUGUUUCAUUCUUGUGACCAAAAUUCUCAGAAAUUUAUAGAACGCUUACAAAGCGACGGUAAAAUAUAUUUUAAAAGCAAAAAAAAAAACAAAAAAAAAAAACAGAACAAUCUCUCUGUAAAAAGGGUCGACUGAAUUGCAAGGAGUAGACCAAGCAUCUGUGGUCAGUUUUAGUGUCCGUGUUGGAGUUUGUCAGGCUGGUGUGUGUGGGUGGGUGUGUGUGUGUGUGUGUGUGUGUGUGUGUGUGUGUGUGUGCGUGCGUGAGUGCGUGCUGCAGAACUCCAGAUGGGGAACACUCAGCAUCUCUCAGGGCGUGGCUGGGGCAGCUGUCCCUCCCUCCAUUCAGAUCGUCCUAUGGGGUUUGGAGGUACCUGGUCACUUCUAUAAGACGCCCCAGGAAACCGCUCUGUCUAACCUGCGCAGCUAAUCGUUCUCAUCUCACGGGGUCCGUUUCACAGGGAAGAUACAAGAGCCUGGAUCAGUCAAGAUUUAUCAAAAUCCAUUCUGUUCUUUUUGGGAGGAAAAGACCUAAAGAAUAGUCUGCCGUCUAUAUCCAGUUGCCAAAUAACAAAAUGGUCUACAUAUAGGUACAUUAUUCAAAACAUUCACUUUUCUUUCAGUUCUUUCUUUCAGUCUCAGUUCCUCUCUUCUACUCUGUUCAGUUUUCAAAAGGAAUCGUCCCUGUGGGAGUUCUGUAAGGGAAGAGGAGAGCAGAAAGGCAUUUGAUCAGCCAAAAAAUGGAGAAGAAAAAACAUUGAGCAUGACUGUGUAACUGAGGAGACUUCCAUGUUACCAUGUGUGUGGUGUACUUCUGCACUGAUCUGAUCACAUCUGCAUCUGCCUGCGUUCACCCGCUGCACAUUCAGACCAGAUGGCCCCAUUCCUCAUUUCCCAAAGAAACAUUCCUCUCUUAUCGGGCUGCUGUGUACAGGCGUCUCCACUCCCUGCUGGUCCAGCCCCAAUACAUACAGAUUCAUGACUCUGAGGCCAAUGAGCUGACUGGAGAGGAUAUUGAGUCCGGUCCUCUGGUCAGAGCCGUUUUCUACACUGCAGUGCUGAAGGGGAGAAUCACUAAACCCUGAUCCUCUUUCCCCUUUUCUCUGUCGCCCCCUAGUGGCUGGGAUUUCAUUGCACUCUUCACUUUUAACACUACAGCCUGUCCCACUAACACCUGUGUGGCGAGUUUGUGAGCGUACUCAUGCGCACACGCGACGGCCACGCUAUGCCCUGAGAGAUGGCGAGGGCCCUGUUUCAGGGUGUUUUCUCUUACAGCUUCAGUGUUUUGAUCUCCAUUUGAUGACUUUGUGACUGUCCAGUUAAUCCUGAAUAAAACAUUGUAUAACCA